AUGGGCAUGAUUGAUAUGCCGAAUGAUUACUUCCUAGUUCAGUUCACACCGGAAGAAGACUAUCGUCAUGCCUUAUAUGAAGGCCCUUGGAUGAUUGCUGACCACUGCAUUCUGGUACAAAGAUGGAGGCCCUUAUUCACAAUUACGGCAACCCAAACUAGAAAAGUGGCUACUUGGAUUCGUAUCCCUGGCCUCCCCAUCAAAUUAUAUAACGAUCGUUUUCUAUGGCGUGUUGGAAACAAGCUAGGAUCAAUGCUGAAGAUUGACAAGCUAACCUCGAUCCACUCACGUGGGAAGUUUGCAAGGAUCUGUGCAGAGAUCAACCUCAACAAAAAACUGGUUUCUAUGAUAAACGUUAUGGGGCAUAUCAUUAAGCUGGAAUACGAAGGUCUUCAUGCAAUUUGCUUCAAGUGCGGAAAAUAUGGGCACCGACAAGAGGUGUGUGUUAAUCCAAUAACCCAAAGUCCUACUCUAAAUGGUGACAAUGAUACAAUAAACAAGGGCGCCAUGGAUUUGGAUGAUGACGACCAACAUGCAGAAUUACAGCCCAUCCAACCUCGAGCUACACAUACUACAGUUGGUGAUGCAACGCAAAUUGCGGAAGAGAAUAAUACUGUCCCAGAUUCUGAGGCAUUAUACGGGCCUUGGAUGAUGGUCAAACGGAAGAGAAAAUCGGGGAAAAAUACUUUUAUCUUGAUUUUGAAAAAUGAUAUCGUCCAUCCCCGUUAUUCUCGGAGUGCAACAGAGUCACAUUUAAAACAACCCAACUUUGAAUCUCCAUUGCCGCGUCAGCAAGAAGACAACAACCCCCGCCCAUUUGUUUCCAACGUGGAUAAUGCCAUGCAAGCCAAGCAACAAUCCGUAACCAACAUAUCUUCUCAAGACAAGAUCACAUCAUCCAAAAUCCGCAACCCCAAGGCAGGAAGGAAUCCACAACAAGCUAGGAAAUCCAUGACCACGCCCUAUGGUCCGCCAUCCAAACCCAAAGAUAGGUUACAUAAUUCUCAACAAACUAGGGACGCGGAGAUCAACUCCAUCGUGAUCAACACACCAAACAGUGAACACGCAACCAUUGCGAAUGCCCAUGCUAGCUCCACGUCAAAUGUAAUUAUGACCCAACAAGAAAAUACCCGAAGAGUGUUAGAAGGCAUUCAUUCAGUGACUUCUAACUUUAAGCCUGAGUCCUUCGCAAACCAAUUUAUGACUAGGAUAACUGUACCCGAGGCAGAAGUGCAGGCUUAUGCAAAAUUAAUGCGCCAGCACCUAGACCCGAGCUCCACGAGCUCUUCCAGUGACGCUGCGAUGCAAGGCAGAGUUAUUGAAAUAAAUGCAGGUAUGUCAGGGGCUUUACAACCCACCAAUCCCAAUGAUUCCUUACGAAUUGCCUAA